UUUCCCUCUAAGAAUCGCUUAAAACAUUACCGAAGAAAGAAAACCCCACUCGAUCAAAUACCGGCAGAAGCCACCAACCUAGUUUCUAAAUGGGGAACCGAAGGGUUGCUCAGGUGUCCAAUAGCGAUGACGAGGAUGAAAUACUGAUGACACGCCGGCGCUCCCGGUCCGAAGAUAAUGGGCAAGAGAGGAAGAGGAAGAAAAUGAAGUUACAAGAAGAAGAUGAGGAGGAUGACGAAGAGAUGGAAUCAAAGAGGAUGAGGAAUAAGAAGCGAGAAGAGGAUCCGGAGGAAGAAGAAGAAGACCCGGAGGAAGAAGAGGACCCAGAGGAAGAAGAAGAGGACCCGGAGGAAGAAGAAGAGGACCCGGAGGAAGAAGAAGAGUACCCGGAGGAAGAGGAAAUUAUGGAGGAUGCCAAGCCGAUAGGAGAGGUUGUUAAGAUUUCUGGGAAAGGGAGAUUAAGGAGGAGCCAUUAUGGAAGCUUUGAGUUUGAUGGCAUCCGAUACGAUCUCGAGGAUCCAGUUCUUUUAGUUCCUGAAGAUGCAAAACAAAAACCUUAUGUGGCUAUCAUUAAGGACAUUAGUCAGACUAAAGAAGGGAGCAUUAUGGUUACUGGGCAGUGGUUUUAUCGCCCUGAAGAGGCUGAGAGAAAAGGUGGUGGAAGCUGGCCGUUAAAUGAUACAAGAGAGCUUUUCUAUAGUUUCCACCAUGAUGAGGUUCCUGCAGAAUCUGUGAUGCACAAGUGUGUGGUGCACUUUGUUCCCACACACAAGCAGCUUCCAAAUCGUAAACAGCAUCCAGGUUUUAUUGUGCAGAAAGUUUAUGACACAGUGGAACAAAAGCUUUGGAAUCUAACUGAUAAAGACUACGAGGAUAGUAAACAGCAUGAGAUUGAUCUUCUUGUUCAGAAAACUUUAUCACGACUGGGAGAGCUUGCUGACAUUGAGAUUGAUGCUGCUGGUGCAGUUGUUGAUCAGGAAGAGCAGUUGAAGACAAAAAGAUCUCUCAGAAAAAAGAACGUUUCACCUCUUGAUGUUAAGAGGAAUGAUGAAGGAACUACCAGGUCUGAUCAAAAUCUGAAUGCUGAAACACCUGGAAGUUGUACAAGUAAUAGCACUGAAUACUACACAAUUUUGUCAAAAUCUAACAUGCUAACCGGAGAAACCCAUCGUGAUAAGUGGAUGGUGAGGCUUCUCCAAGGAGUUCAUUACAUGUGUAGUCCUCAUGGCUUGGAACGUCAAAGAGACAGUAAGAGUUCAGAAACUGCAAAUGGAUCUCAAGAGAAGAGUAAAAAUAUGGGUAAAUCUUUUACAUGGCCAAAUGCUGCUGUUCCUGCUGUAACUGCACUUGAGAAGGCCUCACAUGAUGCACUUUCUUCUGAUUUCCAGAAAUAUAACCAGAAGUUACGGCAGCUUGAGUUCAAUCUGAAGAAUAACCCAUUGCUAGCUCAACGUUUGCUAAAUGGAGAUUUAGAACCUUCAACAAUACUAAACAUGUCACCAAAUGAGUUAAAGGAGGGUUUAACUGCAGAAGAAACAAGUAAAAAAGAGCCUGAUGAGUCAGAGCACAUGCAGAUGACUGAUGCUCGGUGCUCAAGAUGCAUGGAAUUUAAAGUUGGUCUACGGGACAUUAUCCAAGCAGGACACGGAGACCGUUACCAGUUGGAAUGUAUUGCCUGUGGAAACUCCUGGUAUGCUUCUAGGGAUGAGGCAUCUUCACUUACAAUAGAGACUUCAAGUUCUGCAAAGGUUGCUGGUACAGUAGGUUCAGCCAUGACUAAGCCCAAAAAUCCUGAGAAGAAGCUGGUUAGUGCCCUUGACUUGCGAUCUACAGUUCAGGAAGAGUAGGAAAUUUGCUGUGCUUGGAGCAAAAUUGACAUUUGUACAGUUGAAAGGUGACCCUAGUGAUAGUUGGACCCAGAGUACAUCAUAGUACAUAUAUUACAUCCAUAUCAAGGUUAGUCUGGCAUUGAGAUUUCAGCAGGAAUUCUUGAUCAAUGCUGAAACAAGUAGAAUCGACCAAUAUUACUUAUAG